GGGCAACGUCCUCCUUACACGCUACAUCCAUCAUCUCUGUAUCAUCCCCUGCAAUGCCUCAGCGGUAUUCCAGACAGCCACCCCAGUUCUUGCGUUCUCAGUCCAUCGAAACAAUACAGCCAAUGGACGCCGAUGAUUCCAUCGUUCUUUCCGAUCUUGUUCGGUCCGGUGAAGCCUCACGAUUGCGAAGACGAGGUGCAAUAAGGCUUGACCACGGUCUCUUAAGCACUCAGCAAAAUGAAGGUGGCAGGCGUUCUCCCCCAGCAGUUAUCAUUAUCAGAUCUCCCAUUGUCAGAUCUCCCACAUGGGUUCCAGUAGACCCACCGAGCGACGGUGAGUCCCAGGCUUGGGAUCAAAGUUACGAGUCGUCGUCAAGAGUGCCACCUCGGAGAGCUGCCGCAGAACCAGACACUUACAUUUAUACCUUGUUUUGCGGAGGUGAAGAAUCAUCAACGGAUUUCACUGGUCAUGUACCACCAUUCUCCCCUUCGCCUCUGCCCUCUUAUCCUCCACUAUCGCCCAGGCCUCAUUCACACAAACGCUUCUCAACCAAACGCCUUAAUGGUUGUGGGGCCGUAGUACAUACACGCGCUUCUUCUCGGCAGCAUCAGAGUGUAUGGGUGGCAAAGGCAGAGGCUACAGGGGCCGUGAUACCUAUGGAUGCUUCUUAUUUUGAGAGAUCUGCUGUCGUGAAGAUAAUGCGAAGCGCUUGUGGCUGUGUUAGAGAAGGUGUUGGCUGCGCGAUAUGUGGUAAUACGUUGGGAACGCGUUAUAAACCUUGUCAGGCCGCUGCUGAGGGCCUAAUGACGCCACAGAAUCAACCCUCUGGUCCAUUACGCCCAGAAGGCCCAAGUUAUUGGCACACUUGCAAUUCUUCCCCGUCAAAUACACAUUCACAUAUUCCUUUCAUUUACACCUUUUUCGGCUCCCAUGUCACAUCAUCCGUAUCUGCCCGCUCUGCCCCAAAGAAUAGAUCCCUUUCCCCGACCUCUCAGCAGCAGGUUUCAUCGGAACCCAACAUGGAGGAUUCUUUCAACUAUAGCUUCUUUGAUCGUGUCAUAACAGCAUCUCCAGCGCCACUUUCGGAAGACGAUGGUAUGGACAUGCUUAUUCCUGCACCACUACCACUACCACCUCCAUCGCCGGCAUUCGAUCCUGAUGGGGCUUAUAUAGCCACUGAACCUAGCUCUCCUGAUAAAACCGGAAGCGAGCUUAUGCUGGCCCCUGAACGUUAAUUCUUCCUCUUUACUACCACUCUCGCAUUAACAGUUGCCCGCGAACAUGGACGCACCAAUCUAACCCUGCAUUGCAUUUCAUUAUUCGCUAUCUCAUGCCUAUCUGCUUUAUUGGUAAAAAUUUGAGUCAUUGUAUUAUUAUAUUAUUGGUUUCGUGGCGGAAAUUCAUGUAUACACAUCUUUACCAGAAUUUAAAAAGAAAAGAAAAUCACCAGUACCAUGCUCCUAGCGGGCGUCCAGGACGCCCCAAAGCGUUGCAGGGGCUGGUAGCGGAUAGAAUCAUU